AAAGGAUUCGCCCAUCAGCUAACUCUAUUGUAAAGAUAUGAUGAACUUCCUCUCUUUACGUAUAUGUAUCAGACGUUUUAUUCUUUUAUGUCAAUUAAAUAACUGGACACAGAGUGAUCAAAAUGGAAACUGACCAAAACAUUUGCAGACGACUUUACCAUUGUUUGUGUGAGACAAUAGGAUCAGCGGAAGUUGUAAAAGCAAGACGGCAAUUCUAUGCGACAGUAGAUUAUUUCACAGAAAAGAAACACUUUUUAAUAGUAACUAGUGGAAGCAAGGCAGAAGGCUUACACAUGAAGAGUGAUAUAGACGUAAUGUGUCUAUUAAGAUCGGUGAAUGUGAGUGAAGAAAGAACAGACAAUUCGUUUCUUAUUCCGAAUAAUUUUGUUAUGGAUACUGAUGACUGUAAACCUUGCUUUACUCAAUUAAAAGGUAACAGCUGUCAUUAUGAUGCACUAGUAAAUUGGCUUUCUACUCCAUAUGGACAGGAAUUGCGGUUUGAAAGUGGACGUAUACGACAUUGGAUUGUAUCGAUCGUCGACCUUUUUAGGUCUGUGACCUUACAUGGCCCAUGUGCAUCAGAUAUGAAUAACGAUUUUGAUAUCACUGUUUGUCUGCGAUGUCCAGUUUUUAUUCAACAAGCACAACCAUGGAUUAAAAGAGACCGUAUUUGGCCUUCUCCGAAAUUGGUGUCAAAUAUAUGCAGUUAUGGUACUUUGUUAGUACCAAUAGGUACUAAGGAUUCGCCAAAUGAACAUUUAGAAUGGAGAAUGUCUUUUUCCGUCGCUGAAAAACAUCUGAUAUUUUCGUUUACACAUACUCAACUUUUAUGUUAUGCUCUUUUUAAACUUAUGUUAAAGGAGGUCAUUGACCAAAAAGAGAAAUUUAAUGGAUUACUAUGUUCGUAUUUCUUGAAAACCGUACUAUUUUGGGUUUCUGAGGAAUCUGAGCCAUCCAUGUGGCGACCAGAAAAUAUAUUGCCAUGUUUUAUGAAAUGUUUUAAGCGACUCAUAUACUACGUUUACUACAAAUAUCUUCCUCAUUAUUUUAUAAUCGAGAACAAUUUGUUUGAUUGUAGAUUUAACAGACAACAACAUCGCGAUUUUUUAAUAUUUCUGAAUGAAUUGUAUUCGAACGGAAUAAUGUGCUUUAGAAAUUGUAAUUGUCUUUCAAACUUCUUCAGCAACACCCCUCUUGCACCAAAGAUAAUUGAUACAGAAGUAGUUUGUUGUACAUUAAAUGCGAUUAUUCUUAUGCAUUCACGGCCAUACCUCCGGUUAACAGGCAUGUUGUGUAUCUUAGGAACCCCGUCCGAACCAAUAAAAAUGGGAAAAGUAUUUAUCAAAAGAAUUAUGAAUAUCAGACCUAAAGGAUUCUUGCCAUUUAUUGCCUUUUGUUGGUUUUGUCAGAUGAUAGGUAAAAGUAUGGAUAGUCACACAAAAUGUCCAAACAGAUAUAGAUAUAAACUAUCGAAGAAAUUUUUGCCAUAUCUUUUCAUGGGACUUCAUACAGAUUCAGUUGCCAGUUGGAUGUAUUUAGCAACAUAUUUCUAUUGUUUUGGCCAGUACAGAACGUCUCUUAAACUUAUAUUCCAUGCUUUGAAGGAAUGCACCAAUGGAAAACUAUUCAACACAAAAUGUACAUUAACUUCCAGUAAUAUUUCUACGAUUGAGAAAGAAGGAAUACGACAUAAGAUAUGGAAAAGGAGACAUGUUAAUAAGCAUCAUGUCGUAAAUGAGAUAACUUUUUAUUAUAAUUCUCGAGUUAUUCCCCCAGAAUUAGAUGUGCAGGCUACAACAAUAGCUUACAUACCUUCGAGAGUAUACAUUCAUUUUCUAAGGUUUCUCUGUUUAUAUCGAUUACAGGAAGAUUUUCAGUGUACGCAAGCAAUUGAUGACCUUCGGUUAUCCGUAUCUAGAACACAUCUUGAAGAACAUGGAUGUGCUCUCGGAGAAGCCUACCAUUGUUUAGCAACAGCUUUGUUGAUCUGUGGACAACUGAAAGAGGCUCGAUCUUAUUUUUCUAAAUCGAACGCACAUAAAGAAAAAAAUAAGCGUUUUUAUUUCUAAUUAUCAUUAUCAUAUAUGCCAUCGAUAAGAUAUAAGGCUAUAUUGAUGAAAAACAUUCUCAAACAUUGUAGACCAUAUUAAAAAAUUCAUGACAAAAAUUCUCUGUUUUGUUAAUCUUGUAUUACUGAUCAUUUGGUCUGUUUA